AUGGCCGCCGACACCACGAAGCCGCUCUUCCCGGCGGCGCCGCACACCUCGCUCCUCCCGUCCCACGGGAACGCCAACCGCCUCUCGCCGGAGGCCGCCUACUGGCGCAACUUCCGCUCCUCCACGCUCGACACGGGCUCCACCGCCUUCUCCGUCACCCACCUCGCCUUCUCCCCGGCGCACGCCAGGCCCACGCUCGCCGCCGCCUGGUCCUCCGCCGUGCACCUCUUCGCCGGCGACCCGCUCUCGCCGCGGCCCAAGACGACCGUCUGCAAGGACGGCGCCGCGUUCUCGCCCUCCUUCCGCUGCGACGGGGCGCUGCUCGCCGCCGGUGACGGGAGGGGCGUCGUCCGCGUCUUCCGCGUCGACAAGCCCACCGCGGGCCCGCUCCGCACCCUCUCCGCCCACGCCGCGCAGACCCGCGUGGUCCGCUACCCGGAGGCCGGCGGCGACAAGGUCCACCUCCUCACCGCCGGCGACGACGCGCUGCUCGCCUACUGGGACGUCCCCUCCGAGACGCCCGUCUUCACCGUCCCCGCCGCCCACCGCGACUACAUCCGCGCCGGCGCGCCGUCCCCCGUCGACCACAACCUCUUCGCCACCGGCUCCUACGACCAGAGCGUCAAGCUGUGGGACGCCCGCACGGGGAAGGCCCCCGCUUUGUCCUUAUCCCAUGGCGCCUCGGUGGAGAGCGUGCUGUUCCUGCCGUCCGGCGGGUUGCUUGCCACGGCCGGAGGCACCACGGUCAAGAUUUGGGAUGUGAUUGGUGGUGGCCGGCUCGUGCACUCGGUGGAGAGCCAUGUCAAGACAAUCUUCGCGCUCGCGCUCGGGAAGAUGGGCGCCACUGGGGAAACUCGGCUGCUUAGCGCAGGGAGUGAUGGUUAUGUGAAGUGCUUUGAUUAUGGGGAGCUCAAGAUGACACACUCGAUGCGGUAUCCCAAGGAAUUGCUGUCCGUGGCUUGCUCGCCGUGUGGGACGGUGCUUGUUGCCGGGUCUUCAAAGGGUGACAUCUUUGUGCGCAGAAGGAAGAAGAAUGCAACAGAGGAGGUGGAAGAGGAGGUUGUAAGCAGCGAGUUCGCCUGGACAAUGCCCAAGCCAGAGAAGCAGGCGCUCAAGCCGAGCUACUACAGAUACUUCCUCCGCGGCCAGAAUGAAAAGGCCAAGCAGGGCGACUUCGUGAUCUCAAGGCCCAAGAAGGCGAAGUUCGCAGAGCACGACAAGCUGCUGAGGAAGUUCAGGCACAAGGAUGCUCUGGUUUCAGCAUUAGCCAAGAACAAUCCGAGGAGCGUCGUGGCGGUGAUGGAGGAGCUGGUCGCGAGGAGGAAGCUGGUGAGAUGCAUCGGGAAUCUGGACGUGGCCGAGCUCGGGCUUCUCCUCGACUUCCUGCAUCGCAACGCGACCCUGCCGAGGUACGCAAGGCUGUUGCUUGGGGUGGCGAACAAGGUGCUGGAGAUGCGCGCGGAGGAUAUCAUAAGCGAGGAUGGGGGGAAGUUGAGGGGGUGCAUCAGGAACCUUAAGCGGAUGGUCGUGGAGGAGAUUAAGAUACAGCACACGCUGCAGGAGAUCCAGGGGAUGAUAUCUCCCAUGCUCGCGCUUUCUGCGAGUAGAUUAAAGUGA